AUGGUAGCCUCAAUCCCCCCACCGACACUCUCCUCCCUCCUCCCCGCGUUUCUGGCCCAACUCCCCGCCAGCUUCGCAUCUCCCAAGCCACCGCCAUCACUACCACCCCUCUUAACCCCUCUGACCAGAAGCCGCCUAACCCAUCUCUCCUUCAACCUCACCACCGAAAACUCCUGGCUCUCCCUCUUAACCUGGUCAUCAUCUCCUUCCGACGGCCAAACCCUGCAAGAACACCUUGCCAGUCAAGACUACUAUUUCCUCCACCAGCCGCCAUCACCAAACACGUUUGUGAACAAAGGAUACCGCCGUCUCGAUUCUGAGACAUUACAAUGUCUGGUAUCGGUACCAGAGUUGGAGGUUGUAGUGUUAUAUCAGUUCGUAGCUGACGAUUUGGUCUCCGAGGAAGGAGAGAUUGGAAAUGCGUGGAAAGUCCACGAUGUACGACUUGCGGAUGACGAAGAGGAGGCCUUUUUGAGAGCAGGCGGGUUUUGGAGUAGUAUUGAUGCUGCCGAGGAGGAGUUUAGGACUGUGCCUAAGUACGGCGGUUAUUCUUAUGGGAAUAUCGAUAGUAAUAAUAAUCUCUAUCAACCGCAGAAGCAAGAGGCGGUUGAUGAUGAGGAUUCAGAUGAUGAUUACUGGGGUCGUUACGACGAUGAAGAAACUGAAUCAGUAGCUGGGGAUGAAGAACCCAGACCCGCCGUUACAAAUCAACAUCAUCACCAACAACUUCAACUUCAACAACCACAGUCUCACGUUCAGAUCGCUGCGUCAUUGUUAGCUCGUCGGGUGCUACAAGGACAAACCGAGGAACGACAGCAGGAAGAAGAAGAAGACAAAGAAGAAGAAGAAUAUUACGCACGAUACGCGAAUGUCGAGCCAGUACUUGAUAAUCCAACACCCACAACAGUGCCACAAACAACAGGAACAGAAGGAAUAGACAGAAGAGAUUCUAUUUCUACAAAUUUAACAUCAGCAUCCACUACCUUCGAUGCGCAAACAAUGUCUACGCCAUUAACAGCGUUUACACAUCCUUCUACAAAAGUUUCUCCAGUGAUCCAAGCUACUACUUUAGUGAAUCAUCCAACUGUCACGUCUUCACAUUCACAUUCUAAUCCAAAGCCGGAGAUUGCAACAGCGAAAAGGGUAGUCGCCGGGCUGGAGAGUGCGGCGGAGGUACAUACGCAAAAUGAAGUUGCUAUUCAGCAGCAUGUUAGUACGAGUGUCAAGAGCUUGUAUAGGCUUUGGAAGGCUGGUGGGAUGGAUUGUGAAGAGUUCGGAAGGUUUUUGGAAAGGGAAGUUGAGGUUUUGAAAGUUGUGGAGGAGGCAGGGGAGUUGGGCAGUUGA